GUAAUAAUUAAAGUCACACAAAAACAGUCCCAACGGGAUGGAGCCCGCUUGCAGCUACACUGAAGGAUAUGCUUCUGUGCUCCACAUUACACCAGAGUGCGUCUGAAGGAUGAAUAGCAGUGGACCAGCAUACCCGUUAGCCUCUCUCUAUGUCGGUGACCUUCAUCCUGAUGUCACUGAGGCCAUGCUGUACCAGAAGUUUUCUCCUGCUGGUCAGAUCAUGUCCAUCCGUGUGUGCCGGGAUGUCAUUACACGGAGAUCCCUCGGAUAUGCUUACAUCAACUUCCAGCAGCCUGCUGAUGCGGAAUGUGCCCUUGACACCAUGAACUAUGAAGUCAUCAAGGGUCGUCCAAUCAGGAUCAUGUGGUCACAGCGAGAUCCAGGUCUGAGAAAGUCUGGUGUGGGAAACAUCUUCAUCAAGAACAUGGAUGAGUCUAUUGACAACAAGGCUCUCUAUGACACCUUUUCUGCCUUUGGUAACAUCUUGUCAUGUAAGGUGGUUUGUGAUGAGAAUGGCUCAAAAGGUUACGGGUUUGUGCACUUUGAGACUCAAGAAGCAGCCAACAGAGCCAUUGAGACCAUGAACGGCAUGCUUCUGAAUGAUCGGAAAGUUUUUGUAGGGCAUUUUAAGUCUCGUAAGGAGCGUGAGGCAGCGUUGGGAGCUAAAGCCAUGGAGUUCACCAAUGUGUAUAUUAAGAACUUCGGUGAAGAUAUUGACAGUGAGAAACUGAAGGGCAUCUUCUCUGAAUUUGGUAAGACCCUUAGCGUGUGUGUGAUGACUGAUGAAAGGGGAUGCUCUCGUGGCUUUGGAUUCGUCAACUUUGAAAACCACGGAGAUGCCAGGAGGGCAGUAACUGAAAUGAACGGAGAAGAGCUGAAUGGCAGAGUCCUUUAUGUGGGCAGAGCUCAGAAAAGACUGGAGAGGCAGGGAGAACUCAAGCGCAAGUUUGAGCAAAUAAAGCAGGAGCGCAUACAACGCUACCAGGGAGUAAAUCUCUAUGUAAAAAAUCUAGAUGACAGCAUUGAUGAUGAGAAGCUGAGGAAAGAGUUUGCUCCUUAUGGAACCAUCACCAGUGCAAAGGUGAUGACCGAUGGAGGCCACAGUAGAGGCUUUGGCUUUGUGUGUUUUUCCUCUCCCGAAGAGGCCACUAAGGCAGUGACUGAGAUGAAUGGCCGUAUCGUUAGCACUAAACCACUAUACGUGGCUCUUGCCCAGAGAAAAGAGGAGCGAAAGGCAAUCCUCACCAAUCAAUACAUGCAGAGACUAGCCAGCAUUCGAGCCAUUCCCAGCCCUGCCAUACCCACCACCUACCAGCAGAGCUCCGGCUACUACAUGACCUCUGUGCCGCAACAUCAGGUUCGCUCUUUUUACAACACCGUACCAAACCUGCGGCCUGCGCCACGCUGGACAACUCAAGCUCCUAGGACUCAAGCUCCAUUCACAGCUCAGUUUGUGAGACAAGCGGUGCCCCGCAGACCCUCCACCAUCAUCAGCACAGUCCGCCAGGCAUCCACUCAGGUUCCUCACAUUGUUAACAACACCCAGCGAAUGGGUAAGGCUUUGUGUGUGUUUAACAAAGUAGUACCGAAUACAGAGCCGGCGGUUCAUGUGAGAGGCCAGGAGCCCCUUACUGCCUCAAUGCUGGCAGCUGCACCCUUAAAAGAGCAGAAACAACUCCUGGGUGAGCGGCUGUAUCCACUUAUCCAGGCCUUGCAUCCGACUCUUGCGGGAAAGAUUACAGGCAUGCUGCUGGAGAUUGAUAACUCUGAACUACUGCACAUGCUCGAGUCUCCAGAGUCCCUGCACUCCAAGGUCGAAGAGGCUGUAGCGGUGCUUCAGGCUCAUCAAGCCAAGGAACUGUCGGCAAACCAUGAGUCUGGGGCUGUCCAGGACUACAUCUGUUAUCAUCCUGUAGUCACGCAGAAUGACAGCCCACCUGUUUACCUUGACACCAGCCACUGUCUGACCAGCGGGGUAAAUUCUGCACAGAGCCAGGCAGACUGCCUCCACAAGACGGCUGGCAUUGGGCCACUGAGCAGGUCCACUGCCUUCACCAAGGAAGCAGCUUUGGCCACCAUAGCAGAUAUCAUUUCUGCUGCCACCUUCAACGGCAGCAACCGCACGAGCCUCAUUCCAUUGUACAAGCCCUUCCAUCAGGUAGUACCGAAUACAGAGCCGGCGGUUCAUGUGAGAGGCCAGGAGCCCCUUACUGCCUCAAUGCUGGCAGCUGCACCCUUAAAAGAGCAGAAACAACUCCUGGGUGAGCGGCUGUAUCCACUUAUCCAGGCCUUGCAUCCGACUCUUGCGGGAAAGAUUACAGGCAUGCUGCUGGAGAUUGACAACUCUGAACUACUGCACAUGCUCGAGUCUCCAGAGUCCCUGCACUCCAAGGUUGAAGAGGCUGUAUCGGUGCUUCAGGCUCAUCAAGCCAAGGAACUGUCGGCAAAGUGAGGGAGCUUUGUAAGGCAGGCAUGCUCACUGAAGGUCUGUGAGGGUUGUUCCAGAGAACAAGGAAAAGAAAACAGCACUUCAGAGUUAUGCUAUUUAAUGCAUGGCUUGCACACUGCAAAUGUCCUUUUGCUGUCCACAGUGUUAAGUUUGUUCUGGUUUUGUUUAUUUAAAAAAAAAAAA